AUGUCCGGGACCCCGACGAGCACCUGGGCGUGUGUUGGAAGUUGCCCGAUGUUUUCAUGUGGUUGUGAUGAAGAUGUGAUUCCAGCGCCCGCAGCCGCUUCGUGCAGUUCUCAGGCAGAGGCGCUGGUAGGACAGUGGACAGUCGUGACUGACCAGCAAGCCCCCCACUGUGAUCAAAUGGGUUCUAUUGGCAGCAAUUCGAUCACCUACGUCGUCAGCAGUUGCUCUGAGGCGGCCACUUUCAACACACAACUUCUAAGCGCAACCUGUGGGCCUGGGGCUUUUGGAGGGCUUUCUGGCAUGUUUUCAGAGGAGGACGACGGUGGCGGCACCUGGGACACCACGAACAUCUAUUGCAACUACUGGCAGAGGAGUUCCAGCACCUCAAACCUGGUGUGGGAGUGGUUCGGGACCACCGAUCAGUCUGCGGGAUGCCCGUCCACGCUGGCAGAGGCUCGGGCGAAACCUCUGAACGGUGACCUGUGGUACGCUGGUUCAGACAUGUCUGGGACCCCGACGAGCACCUGGGCGUGUGUUGGAAGUUGCCCGACGUUGUCAUGCGGUUGCAGUGGCGAGGUUAGCAAAGCCUCUUCCAUGGCUGGACCUUUCUGUCCUGGCUCGCCUUACAUAAUCCAUGUUCUGUUCCUGCUGGCCUUUUCUGCUUCUCUCUCCUAG